AGAAAAUGUCAAAUAAAAUUUUUUUUGUCAAAAUGGCGAUCGCAGAUUUUAGUAUAUUUUUCUAAUUCGUUUUCUUCAAAAAUGCCCAAGUAGAAUCAGAAAAUAUCGCCAUAAAUUUUGAAUAAUAUCAAUUAUCAAAUUAAGAACUUUCUUAUUUUGUUUUAUGUUUUAAUUGAAAAUAACUGCAAGUGGACAAAAGAACUAAAAGAAGAAAAAGUCCAAAUUCUCCAUCGCAUGUGUUUUUCGUGUUCGGUGGCACAAUCCCCAACAUCAUCACCUUCAUCAUCAUCAUCAUUUUCGUCGAACCAUCAUCGCCAACCAACAACCAUUGUUAGCCGAAGGACCACAGGAUUUAUUUAAUUUUAAUUUUUCGUUUAAAGAAAAUUUAUUUCCAUCCAAAAAACGAGUGUGAACUUUUGUUAAAAUAGAAAAACCUCCCAGUUCCCAGCAACACAGCAUUAGCAUUCCUAUUCCUAUCGUCGUCGUCGUCGCUCGCUUUCUCUCUACAUCUCUGCUGCUGCUCUGCUGGCGAGGCGAGGUGGAGUGGAGUGGAAAAAAGAUAGCUUCCGGAUUUGUGGAAUUGCAGCACAAUGCAAAUCUGUGAUUCAGCUGUGUCAUCGUCUUCGGGUGUAUUUUCAGCUCGAUUUUGAUGAUGAAUUUGUAAUCCUUAAUUGGACGACUCUAACUCGCAACGCAUGAAAUUGCAUGAAUUGCAAUUGCCGAGGAAAGGAACCAACCAAGAGUCGCACGGAGUGAGUUAAGAAAAGAAAAUAACAAAAAACAAAACAACUGUUGUUAUUGGAGAGAGAGACGCUCUGUCCCGAAAUUUAACCUCGAGUGUCCUAUAAGAAAAUACUUAAGUUAAAACCUCAGAAAAACCUGUUCUGGAAUUAAGGUUUAAUUCACUCUGUGGAACAUAUUUCAUCUACGACGUGGGGUGGAUAUCAAAACAUUUCUUUGAUAAAAAGAAAAACUUCUCUUCUCCCGAGGAGCGGCACCUAGAUUCGUGGAGAUCGCUGGGGAACUCAAGUGCAACAAUUCAGCAUUUAUUGUUUUAAACCUUAAAACUGUACACAACAACAACAACAAAACACUGAUACUACAUAAGAAUUCAAACUUUUUUGCUUAACUGAAGAAGAAAACAUACAUAACAAAAAUAGCAAUAAUUAAUUCAAAAACAAUUUUAAAAAACAAAAAGAGAUUGAUUCAAAUUUCUAAAACUACAAACAAAUAAUAAUAAAUAAUAAAAUGGAGUUACGUGUUGGAAACAAAUACAGAUUAGGCCGAAAAAUCGGUUCUGGUUCAUUUGGUGAUAUCUACCUGGGCACAACAAUCAAUACCGGCGAAGAAGUCGCCAUCAAAUUAGAAUGCAUCCGAACAAAACACCCCCAAUUGCACAUUGAGAGUAAAUUCUAUAAAAUGAUGCAAGGCGGUAUUGGAAUACCGCGCAUAAUAUGGUGUGGCUCUGAGGGCGACUAUAACGUCAUGGUAAUGGAACUGCUUGGUCCAUCUUUAGAGGAUCUAUUUAAUUUUUGUGCGAGACGCUUCUCUCUCAAAACCGUACUUUUGUUGGCCGAUCAAAUGAUAUCACGUAUCGACUACAUACACUCACGAGACUUUAUCCACCGGGACAUCAAACCAGAUAACUUCCUUAUGGGCCUCGGCAAAAAGGGUAACUUAGUAUAUAUCAUAGACUUUGGUUUAGCGAAAAAAUUCCGUGAUACACGAACCCUGCGACAUAUACCGUAUCGAGAAAAUAAAAAUCUCACUGGUACCGCUCGUUACGCCUCCAUUAACACCCACUUAGGAAUUGAACAAUCACGUCGUGACGAUCUAGAAUCCUUAGGCUAUGUUCUCAUGUAUUUCAAUUUGGGUGCGCUACCCUGGCAGGGUCUAAAGGCUGCCAAUAAACGACAAAAAUAUGAACGCAUUUCCGAGAAGAAACUCUCCACAACGAUAUUGUCCCUAUGCAAGGGUUUCCCAAGUGAAUUCGUCAACUAUCUAAAUUUCUGCCGUCAAAUGCAUUUCGAACAACGUCCAGACUAUUGCUACUUGCGUAAGUUGUUCCGCAAUUUGUUCCAUCGUCUCGGCUUCACCUAUGAUUAUGUCUUCGACUGGAACCUCCUCAAAUUCGGAGGGCCCCGCAAUCCGGCAGUUCAACAGCAGCAAGAGGACGGCACUGGUGAGGCGAAUGCCGCCAACAAACAGAAUCCACAGAUUGUCAGCAGUCAUACAGCUGUGGUGCCCAGUUCUGGAGGUGGUGUAGGUUUAGUUAGCACCACCGGUGGCGGUGGUGGUAAUAAUGCACCGAUGGUAGGAGCAAGUGGCACUGGCAGUGGUGCUGUAGGUGCUAAUGAUGACGCAAUGGCCGUUGCAACAAAUUCAUCAAGGCCUUACGACACGCCCGAGCGGCGUCCCUCAAUCAGAAUUCGAGGAGGGCCCACGGUCGUUGUCAAUGACAGUAGAAACAAUAAAUAAUACAUUGUCUAAACGCAACCGCCGGUUUAUACACACAUUUAAACAAAAACAAAAAUGGUAUUUAUUUAAAACAAAACAGAAGAAAAAAACAAAAAAAAAUACUACUGAAAGAUAAACAAAAAUGAUUUAAAUAUAAGAAUUUUUUUAAGUGCAAGCAUGAUCGUCGCACUUUUAGCUUCGUGAAGGAGAGUUUCUUAAACUACACACACCACACAUCAGGAUCAGAAUUGUGCAUUUUUAUUUUACUCUUUCUAACUCCCCAAGUUAAAGAUUUAAAACAAAAAAUCGCCCCGCUUAGCAAAUAAAACACAACUACUUUCGAUUUAAAAACAAAAAAAAGUUAAAAGGGAAAAGCAAGCAAGCAAACAAAACAAAUGAAAAAGAGGCAACCUGUGUGAAUUAGAAACAUCAUCUCUUCAUCUGUGAAAUAAAUAGCUCGUGGCUUUUUUGCUUUUGAAUUCCCAAAAAAUCCAAAAUAAUUAAACAAAACGAUCUUAAAAUGAAUCCUACAAAGCCAACACAUUACAUUUACACCCACAGUUUAAAUUUAAUAAAAUUAUACACAAAAACAAAACAUUUUAAACGGACAACGGAACGUCCCUGUUUAAAAAAUAAACGUUUUGCUAUCAACAACAACAAAAAACAACAAAAUAAUAAUAAUUCUCUUAUUAAUAUUUAGUUUUCUUAGCUAUAAAUAAUAAAAUACAAACAAAAAACAAAAAAAAAACAAA